AUGUUUAAGAAAUUUGCAGAAAAAGACAACGUAUCUAGUGUUGCUCAGUUACGAAAUACGGAUGUUAAACGAUUGAAACAACGAUUGAUUCAAGAUUAUCCUAAUAUUGAAUCAAUAUUAGAUGAAAUUUUACCAAAAAAAGACGCUCCGAAGCUGGUUAAAUGUCAAGAACAUAUUGAAAUUAUUGCUAAUUCCAGUGGUGAGGCACUGUUCUUCCGCCAUCGUGACGGGCCACCCAUACCCGUACUGAGAAUGUUACAUAAAUAUCCGUUUAUAUUACCACCACAACAAGUUGAUAAAGGUGCAAUUCGAUUUGUAUUAUCUGGAGCAAACAUCAUGUGUCCCGGUUUGACAUCACCAGGUGCAAAAAUGACUCCACAGUCACCAAAAGAUUCUAUAUGUGCUGUUAUGGCUGAAGGUAAAGAACAUGCUUUGGCUAUUGGACAAUUGAAGAUGUCUUCCGAUGAUAUACAACAGAUAAAUAAAGGAAUUGGAAUUGAAACAUUACAUUAUUUGAAUGAUGGGCUAUGGAAUAUAAAACCAGUUAAAUAA